AUGUUUCUUAUCUUCAUCCUUGUUUUUGUGAUUGCAUUUUUGCUUUACAAACUGUACUUAUUUGAUGAAUAUAAUAAAGAAGAUAGUUUAAAGUUACAACAUGUAAUCUUAAUUAAAAAUUUAAAAAUAUUUUUUGAUUCUCAGAUUAAUUGUAUCCAACCCCCUACGCUGGAAUUAAAUUCAAAAGGGCCAGAAAAUGCCUCUCAAAAAAGUUUUUCUGGGCAUUUUAAAAAGGCAGCUGUUGUAAGUGAUAAUGUAAUCUGCUCGGAAAUUGGCCGUAAUGUUUUGUUACGUGGAGGUAAUGCUGUAGAUGCAGCUAUUUCUGUGUCUUUUUGUAUUGGAGCUUUAAAUUAUCCUUCUGCUGGAUUAGGAGGGGGCUUUCUAAUGACAUUCUUUAGAAGAUUUGAUGGUAAAUGUUUAACCAUCGAUGCUCUCGGAAUAAUUCCUUCCCCAGCAAAUAAUGAUACGAAUCCAAUCGAGAAUGGUUAUAAAUCAGUCUCUGUCCCUGGAGAGUUACAUGGUCUCUGGACAGCUUACAAGCGUUUUGGGAGUGGAAGGAUUACCUGGAAUAACUUAAUAAUGCCUACAGUUCAUUUACUUAAUGAAGGAUUUCCAGUCUCUCAAGCACUCGAGAAACUUUCAAAAAUAUAUGGCGAUAAGUUUGGCAAUGAAACAAAUAAAGAUAUAAGGUUUCUAUUUGUAAUUAAGUAUCCCUAUAAUCUUUAA